CCCCAUACUAACACAUCUGAUGAAACGUGUAGCCUUGCAACGGAUCUCUAGGAUUUGAAUAAGCUACUCGGACGAACAUUCUCGAAUGCCUAUCGAAUGAUCCUUCCUCUAUCCUUCGCCAUACGAGGCUGGUGACAGUUGAGCGUGCCUCUUCUUUUUGGGUUAAAGCUCGACCUUGACGCUAAUGACAAGUUCAGAUGACAACAGUAAGACGAAGUCUUUUCCUUGUAAGGGUGUAGACCUCACUGAGAGCGAUAGUUCUUGAUGAACCGGCCAAACCCUAGUUGCAUAGUAUGUUUUGUUUUAUUGGAGUUCAUGACCUUGUAAAGGAUCAUUUAUAGAAUGGUAUAAAAAUAGGAAGUUUAUCAAUUUUCAAGUUGUAAAUGCACGCUUUCAUUUAAAAUGUUUGUUUCUAGCACUCAAACUCACGUUUCCCUUAUUUACCAAAAUGGGGGCGUGACACGAUUGCUUCUGCCAAAGUUCAUAGGGAAUCAGUUGAUGUGCUGACUGUGUGGGCUGGUUCUAGUCCUGCAGACUCUUUGGUUCCUUCGGGUCUUCCUUCGUCUGAUUCUUUGUUGUCCCAUUUUCCCUCUUCUAGUUCAGGAGUAGGAAUGGGAUGGAACUUGCUUUAAUGCCAGAGGAUGAGCCUGUUCCUUUGUCUUUUAUUGACAAGGUCAGGGGUUAUUCUGGUAAGAAGUCUCCGGGGGGUUUCUUGAAGGCGGUUCUUGCUUAUAGCCACUGGGUGGGAAUUACUUGCGAUGGCUAUGAAGGUCAGCUGUCGGCUGUGUUUGAGGCUAUCAUCGACAGUAAUGUUAAGAAGGCAGCGGGUCCUAGCUCGAGUUUGAGUAUUAAAGGUACGAGGGAAUUAAACAGAUUAUCUUGUUCUGUUAAUUAUGAUGCACAUUGUGGCAGCACCUCUCGUGGUAGGUGCAAAGGCAGGGCUGUUGGUGGUUUUUUAUGAAGCCCAAAAUCAUUUCUUGGAAUGUUAGAGGGUUAAACGAGGGUGACAAGCGGUUGAAAGUAAGAAAUUUAUUAAGGCAAUGGAAGACUGAUAUUGUUUGCUUGCAAGAAACUAAACUGGUUUUUGUUUCUAACAGUUUAGUGAGAAGUCUAUGGGGUUGUCACUUUGUUGAUUGGUGCCACUUAGCUUCUCGCGGGGCCUCUGGUGGUAUAUUAAUUAUGUGGGAUAGAAGGAUUGUAGAGAAGAUUGAUGUGUAUGUGGGCGAGUUCGUUGUUGCCUGUUCUUUCAGAAGCGUUGCUGAUAACUUCUCUUGGGCUUUUGCUGGGGUCUACGGUCCUAACCUUGACUCUCUUAGAAGCUCUCUCUGGGAUGAGUUGGCUGGUCUUCAUUCUUGGUGGGAAUUGCCUUGGUGCAUUGGGGGUGAUUUCAAUGUCACAUGCUUUCCUGCUGAAAGAUCUAGAGACGUUCGUCUUAAUGCGGCUAUGACAGAGUUUUCGGAUUUUAUUUUUGAGCAGGAUCUUAUGGACCUUCCUCUUGCAGGAGGGCCUUUUACGUGGUCUAAUAAUCAGGAGAUUCCCUCUUGGUCUCGCCUUGAUAGAUUUCUUGUUUCUCCAGAAUGGGAAGUUAAGUUUCCAGGUUCCCUUCAGAAAAGGCUUCCAAGACUGUGUUCUGAUCAUUUUCCUAUUCUUCUUGAUUGUGGAGGAGUUCAUUGGGGUCCCAGACCGUUCAAGUUCGAAAAUAUGUGGUUAAAGGCUGAAGGGUUUGUGGAUAAGGUGCGUCUUUGGUGGGAGUUUUAUCGUUUUCAAGGCUCGCCCAGUUUCAUCUUCUCUCAAAAGCUUAAGGCUUUGAAGAAUGAUAUUAAAAGAUGGAAUGAACAGGAGUUUGGCAAUGUGGAAUUACGCAAAAAAUUGCAUAUGGAAGAAUUGUGUGCUCUUGAUAAUUUAGAGGAACAACAUGGUUUAACUUCCGAAGAAAAGGCGAGGAAAUGUGGGGUCAUCAGAGAUUUGGAGAGUUCUAUUUUACAGGAGGAGAUUAGCUGGAGAUAG